AUUCUAUAGAGUUCCUAGUCCUAAUUAAGUAGCUCUCAUGGGGAGUGUUUUCUUUUAAAGGAUUUGGUUAUGUUCACUUGUUAUAGGAUUCCGUUUUUGGUGUGCAACCAGUCAAAACUGAGUUUGAAACGAAAACAAAGCCGUUGCAAGCCCCAAGAGGCUUUGAUCAUCAUCUUUCGCACCAAAAAACAUUGUUCAUUCGAAAUUGGAAGGUACCAAAGUCAGGCUCCGUUUUUUUUAUCAGAUGAAAUUUCAAUUUUUUCUCCAGAAUCGACCGGUUCAAUUUGUGUUUAUCUUGUUUAUAGUCUGCAUCAAGUUUCAGAAUUUAUGAAUUCAAAACUAAGCAUUUUUUUUCUUGGCACAUUUUGUGAGAUAAUUUGAUACAUAAUAUAGAAGAUAUAUAUAAGACUUUGUGCAACAGACCGAAGUGGGUUUGUUGCUACUCGAGAUCAUGUUAGGAGCUGGAUUUAGUGAGGACCCAGCAUCGCUAUUUCCAACGGGUCUUCUUUGUCCUAAGUUUUCACUUUCGGAAAUUAAAUCAGCUACACAAGACUUCGACCAAAGUUUGCUCAUAGGCCAAGGAGGAUUCGGGAAGGUCUACAAAGGAACAAUGAAAAUUGGAACAAAAACUGUCGUGGCUAUCAAGCGGUUGGAUUCAACUUCUGCUCAAGGAGCUGCAGAGUUCUGGGCUGAAAUUGAAAUGCUAUCUAUGUUGCGACACUGUAAUCUGGUAUCUUUAAUUGGUUAUUGUAAUGACAGCAAAGAGAUGAUCCUUGUUUACGAAUAUAUGCCCAAUGGAACACUUGAAGAUCACCUACACAAGCUUCAUACUCCGUUAUCUUUGUCACAAAGGCUUAAGAUAUGUAUAGGUGCUGCACGUGCAUUACACUACCUCCAUUCUGGAACUGGCACCAAUCAAGGAAUCAUACACCGUGAUGUCAAGAGUUCGAAUAUUUUGUUAGAUAACAAAUGGGCAGCGAAAAUUUCAGACUUUGGAUUGUCUAAAGUAAGCCCCAUAGGUGUUCCACUAAGCUAUGUGAGUACCCUUAUCAAAGGCACAUUUGGUUAUUUUGAUCCAGAGUACUUCUCAACUGGUAGGUUAACUAGGAAGUCUGAUGUGUUUUCAUUUGGAGUAAUUCUGUUGGAAGUGCUCUGUAGGAAACGGGCAGUCGAUAGGAGUCUUGAUGAUGAAAAUUGGGGAUUGGUAGGAUGGGCUCAGGACUUUUUAAGAGGAGGUAAAUUGAAGAAGAUCAUCGAUCCUGAUUUGAAGGGACAAGUUUCACUUAAAUGCUUGAAUGAUUAUGCAAAACUAGUGGACGGCUGUUUGCAAACUCGUCCAAAGCUGCGCAUUACAAUGGCUCAGGUUGUGUAUGGUCUUGAGUCUAUAUUGGCAUUACACGAGAGAAGUGAAAAUUCAAUUGCUACAACUGGCAUAACUACAUUUGGUAAGAAGUUGCAGAAGUAUUUCUUUUCAUCCGAAGAUAAUUCAGGCAAGUCAAAUUCAACUUCUAUAUUGUGUUUGCCAAGGUUGUAGAUUGUUAUCAGUUUAUUAUUGGUCGACCCCCGAUAAGUGAUAAGUAGGAUAUCGAGUACCCUAAAUUGUAAA